CAAGUUAAGGAAACAGAUCGCCCUGUUUCUGUAUCCCUUAUCCAUGAAUAAAUAAUUGCAAUGAAUAACUGUUUUCUAUAACCAAUUAUGCUAUAUAACAAUCACAAAUAUUGUAAAUGAAUAAUCACUACUGUUAAAGGGCAUGUGCAGCUACUGGUUGUCUAAACCUAAUCAUACAGUAGACGCCAAAUUACUUUCUCAAAGAGAAGAGAGGGCAUGUGCAUCUAACGUAUUUUAAUUAUUAGUUGGCCGCAAACUAAUUAAGCUUUGCAUUGCAUCGCUACGUAUUCAAUUUUUAUUCUAUUAAAUUAAACCCCACUUUCCUUUUUAAGAUUGAUAAAUAUUCUACAAAUUUGGGAGUGGGUGGGUGGUGGAGUAAUAGUCUGAAUUCUAACUUAUCAGUUUAGCCCAACUUUCAAUUUUUUCGGCCCAAAUUUUGUCACCUGUUGUAACUUGUAAACCCACUUAAACCCUAGCUUAAGCUUACAGGGUUUUUGAUUUGUACAGCAAGUGAUCGAGGAGGAUGUCGCAAUAUAACCUUCAAUCUGAUCCAAUACGAAAUCCUAGACUGACAUGGGAAGGUUGCAGUGUAUUGCUAGACAUCAACGACGGCGACCGUCUGGUUUUUGCUCGUCUCACUGCCGGCUCGACGUUGAAAAUUGGCAAUAAGAAUUGUUCCCUGCAGCCGUUGAUUGGCUGUCGUUUCGGUUGUCUGUUUCAAGUUGAUAAUGGAAAGGAAGGGCCUUAUUUAUCUCGAGCUAAAGAAGAUGAUAUUCAAGAAAAAGAAACUAUUCAAAUAAAUGAUGAAUUAAGAGACAAUCGAGCUAUUGUCGAUAAUAAUAAAGCCCAAAGCUUAACUGGUGAAGAUAUAGAUGCAAUGAGGCGACAGGGUGCGACAGGUGACGAAAUCGUUGAAGCGCUCAUAGCUAACAGCGCAACAUUUGACAAGAAAACAUCUUUCUCACAGGAGAAGUAUAGGCUUAAAAAGCAAAAGAAGUAUGCACCCAGAGUCCUUGUAAGGCGUCCUUUUACUCGAAGUAUAUGUGAGGCAUACUUCAAGAAAUAUCCAGCAAGAAUUGGAUUCUUGCGAGUGGAUACAUUGUCUCUUCUUCUUUCAAUGGCAAAUGUAACCUCCAAUUCUGAUGUUCUUGUGGUUGAUAUGGUUGGUGGCCUUCUUACUGGUGCUGUGGCUGAACGCUUAGGAGGUACAGGUUAUGUUUGCAAUACUUCUCUUGGAGAUUCACCGUAUCCUAUGGAUAUAGUGAGGAUAUUUAACUUCUGUAAUCAAAUUUGCAAGAGGAUUGUGCGGGCUUCUCUGACUGAUUUUAGUCUAUCUCAAAAUGAAACUUCCGAGCAAAGUGACCAGAAUGAACACGAGCGAGUUUCUUCAUCAGUUAUCAUGGAAGAUGUAUCUUUUCCUUCUGAAAAUGGGGUUUCUGAUCUUAAUUCUGAGGCUACUCUUUCUCCUGUGAACAAGGUUUGCAAAUCCCCAAAAGCCGGGGAGAAGGCAUCACAAGAAGCCUUUAAGUUGUGGAAAGAAAAUGGUUUUUCCAGCCUAAUAAUUGCUGCGCCGGAGCUUGAUUCAUGGAGCUUAGUUAAAGAUCUCCUGCCACUUUUAUCAUAUUCAGCUCCUUUUGCAAUCUAUCACCAGUAUCUGCAGCCUCUUGCAACAUGCAUGCACAAUCUACAGGUUGGGAAAAUGGCAAUUGGUUUGCAAAUUUCAGAACCUUGGCUUCGUGAAUAUCAGGUUCUUCCAUCAAGAACUCAUCCAUGCAUGCAGAUGAGUGGAUUUGGAGGGUACAUUCUGAGUGGGACUAGGUUAUGUAGCAGCUGAUAAUAAUACCAGUUCCAAGGCAACAAUUGAGAAUGUACACUAGGUCUAGCAUACCAUUUGUUUCGAUUAACAUUAUUUAUGUUUCUAAAUCGGCAACUCCCAAGUGGCAGGGGCAUGCAGCUUGUAAUUUCUUUUUCAUUUGAUAAAAAUAACAACUCAAGUUUAAUUUUA